AUGGCCCGAAGUGCGGGUAACCAAGUCCACGUCAUCGAAAACUUGAUGGUGGUUUUGCUGAACCAAUCAUUCGCAACGUUCGGCGUUCCAGAGGUAAUCGUAUCCGACAACGGCACUCAAUUAUCGAGCCACGAAUUUCAAGCGUUCUGCACCAGUCAAGGCAUCCACCAUAUCCGGGCCGCUCCCUACCAUCCCCAAUCAAACGGAUUAGCGGAAAGAUUCGUUGACACGUUGAAGCGAAGCCUGCGGAAAAUUCGCUCAGGGGGAGAAACACUUGAGGAAGCACUCUACACUUUCCUUCAAGUCUACCGCACUACACCAACCGGUGACCUGGACGGCAGAUCUCCGGCCGAGGUGAUGUUCAACCGACCGCUUCGAACAGUGUCGUCUAUGCUCCGACCAAUCGAACGAGCCAACACCGAGUCCAAAGGCAGGACGAAACAGAACGCCGCUUUCAACAAGAAGCACGGCGCACUCCAGAGAAGUUUCCUGAACGGUGAUCCCGUGUAUGCCCAGGUACAUCGUGCAAAUUCCUGGCAGUGGGAACCAGCAACCGUGAUCGAGAGGAUUGGAAAGGUCAAUUACAACGUGUUCCUCAUUCGGUCGCACGCCAACCAGCUCAAGACUCGUGUUCCAGAACGCCGUACCGCUCCAGCAGAUCAACUGACACCACUUUCUGUAUUUUUCGACGGGUUCGGAUUGGCUAUCCCAACCGAGACUCCACCGAACGCCAUCCCACUAUAA